GCCAAUCACGCGCGAGGAAUGUUAAUGAGGGGGGAGGGGCGCCUCGCCCCGGCCACGUGGUCGGCUCGUACAGUUCGACGCGGCGAGUCCCCAGGCUCCGUGAGCUCUGCUGCGAGGAGGGGGAGCGAUGCUGUUGUUCUGCCCGACGUGUGGGAACGUGCUCGUGGUGGAGGAGGGGCAGAAAUGCUUCCGCUUCGCCUGCAACACGUGCCCCUAUGUGCACAGCAUCACACGCAAGAUUACGUCGCGGAAUUACCCGAAGCUGAAGGAGGUGGACGAUGUGCUGGGUGGAGCCAAGGCCUGGGAGAACGUGGACUCCACCGCAGAGCAAUGCCCCAAGUGCCAGCACCCCCGCGCGUACUUCAUGCAGAUCCAGACGCGCUCGGCCGACGAGCCCAUGACGACGUUCUACAAGUGCUGCAACGUGCAGUGCGGACACAACUGGCGCGAGUGACCGGCGCGACGCUGCCAGGCCGCAACGCCGCCCGCGAUGGGGCGACGGCGACGUCGUGCGGUCCCUUUAAUGUCCCCCCCAAGGCAGCGGACACGACGGAGCGGUGUGGAGAACGCUUUGUUAAUCCUCUUGCGGAAAGGAUCGUGCGGUGGCUUCAUUUGUGGACCCGUCCGCCAAAGGUUCACCGUGUGAAAGUGACAGUGCCAGUGAGAAACGUUUCGUGAAGUGAUAAACACACACACACACACGAGCACAGUAACUAUUACAUUAUCGCUGAAUGUUUUCCAGGUAGUUGGUAGACCUGGGAAGUGUUCUUCUUCUGCAGAUGGCUGAUGUUGAUGUCGAUCAACAAGUAUAAUUUUGACAUUAAAGCAGUUGAGCCAGAUAAUCGCUUUCAGUAGUAGCGGAGUGUGUAUCGCUGUGAUGACUAUAAUUGGAUAGACAAAUAUGAUGACGUAGACAAAUGAUGACGAAGAACAAGAUGAAGACCCCGUAUCUCCGAUUAGCAGUUCGCUACGUACGGGGCGAAAGAAGUUCAACAUACAUACCUAAGGAGUUAUCUGAACCAGAAAAACUGUUCCAGAGAGAGAAAAAACACCAAUCUCCUUCACUGAUCUCAAAACUUGGCAUGAUUGUUACUUUGAUUUGUACAUAUUUUUCUCAAUUGAACUUACAUCGGUUUCAUGGAACCAUGCAAAACACAGGAAACAGAGUUACACUAGAACUGCUUUCUCUGUCCUAACUCUAAAGUGUUGCUUAUUUUGAACUGCACAGCAAUAAAAAAAAUAAACAUAAACAAAAACUGAAAUUCAAAUCUGUCCAGCUCUCCUGGUGGGUUUUCGAUCUCAUGCAUCAGAGUGCGAGGUUGUCGAAUUAAAAUAUUUUAAAGUUGCCACAAGACACAUUCAGCCAAACGAGCAUAAGUCACGGGUGGGAUUGAAUCAGACAUCAGAGCGAAGUUAUUGUUGUCACGAAUGAUAAAUGAAGAUCGCUUGUUUCUCCGUG